AAUCAUCCGGUCGGCGCCCUUUGAUGUCGGGACUCCUUGCUCUGUCUUGGGCUCAAAUGAGCUGUUCGCUGUUGUAGGGAAACAUUAGUCCUCUACCAACAACCAGCCGGGGGACGCCACAACUCAACUUUUUUUCUGUAUGUCGUGGGGGUUUCUGCACUUUGGAGGCGCCCCAGACUGAGGAGAUUUAACAGAAAAAAGUCCCUUGAUUCUUCUCUUUAUUUAUACUUUUUUUUUUGCUAUAGUUAUUAUUAUUUCUCUAAAAGUGUAUAAUCUCGCAGGGGUGGGGGAGAAGUAGACAUGCCUCAGCUCAGCAGCGGCGGCGGGGACGACCUGGGAGCGAAUGAUGAGAUGAUAGCGUUCAAAGACGAAGGGGAGCAAGAGGAGAAAAUCCAAGAAAACGCGUUCACGGAGAGGGACCUGGCCGACCUGAAGUCCUCCCUGGUGAACGAGUCGGAAAUAAAUCAAAGUCCGAACGCAGCGGCCGUCAGACGGGCACAGCAGGGCGAGCAGAGGGGCUUUCCGGAGAAACACCGGGAGCAUCUCGACGUGGUGUCGAAGCACCAAGAUGGAGGCAUGUACAAGACUCCGACGUAUCCGGGGUAUCCGUUCCUGAUGCUGCCUGACCCCUACCUCCCCAACAGCUCGGUUUCUCCAUCUUCCAAUAAAGUGUCGGUGGUGCAGCAGUCUCACGGGAUGCACCCGCUGACAUCUCUCCUGCCCUACAGCAACGAGCACUUCAGCCCGAGUCCUCCACACCUGCCCACAGACAUGAGCCAGAAGACAGGCGUUCACAGGCACCAGUCCCAGGACCUCUCAGGGUACUACUCCCUCCCUCCGGGCGGUGUCGGUCAGAUCACUCCCUCCAUGGGCUGGCAGAGCCAGCCAGUCUAUCCUGCCCUGUCUCCCUGUGGAUUCAGGCAGCCCUACUCCUCCAACCUCUCCAGCGCCUCCUCCUACUCCAGGUACCGUAGCUGGCUGGUCGGACCAAGCCGGACUGAGCCAAGAAAGUUCCCUCACUCUCUGAUGUUGGGCCCAUCAGGCAUGCAUCCUACAGGGAUCCCCCACCCGGCCAUAGUGCCCCCAUCAGGCAAACAAGAUCACGACCAGUAUGACAGGGGCAUGUACGUGAAGCCACAUGUCGAGGCCAAGCGGGAGAAGGAGCCCAAGAAACCGGUCAUCAAGAAACCCCUGAACGCCUUCAUGCUCUACAUGAAGGAGAUGAGGGCGAAGGUCAUUGCCGAGUGCACAUUAAAGGAGAGUGCCGCCAUCAACCAGAUUCUGGGACGAAGGUGGCAUGCACUGACCCGGGAGGAACAGGCCAAGUACUACGAGUUGGCCAGGAAAGAGAGACAACUCCACAUGCAGCUCUACCCGACCUGGUCUGCCAGGGAUAACUACGAGGCGGGCCUUAGCGGGGUCGCAGGGGAAAAGAGUAAAGCUGAUUGGGGCAAGAAAAAGAGGAGAAAAAGGGAGAAGCUUCAGGACUCCAAUACAGACCCGGGCUCUCCUAAGAAAUGCCGGGCUCGCUUCGGCCUCAACCAACAAACGGACUGGUGCGGUCCUUGCAGGAGGAAAAAGAAGUGCAUUCGCUACCUUCAAGGAGGAGGCUGCCCCAGCCCAACUUCUUCAGAUCUAAGUGCUAUAGACUCUCCCCCCUCCCCUUCCCCCGCCCGCCACCGUCUGUACCAGCACCAGCAUCCCCCUUCCCCGGGCUGCUCCCCACCGCCCACCUCCCCAUCAACACGUCUCCCCUUGUCUCCGCCAACACACACACGCUCACACACACGCCCACCCCUGCAGCAGUCUGCUGGCAAGCGCAGCGACCUCCGUCAGCCCACAACCAAACACACCCACUCACACCUGGAACUGUCCAGCAAGCAGAUGCACAGCUCAACGACGGCGCUGUCAGCCGCCAAGGCUGCAGGACUUUCUCUCAAAGUGCUAACAGAGACUCUGUGAUCGCUCCGGGCUGCUCACGUCCGUGACCCCGUUUCACCUCAGCUAUCUUCAGAGCCAUGAAGAUCAUGUUCCUCACCUGCCACCAUUUCACAUUUAUCUAUAGCCUGUGGUUGUUUUGUUUGAUUUUAAAGUAAUAGAAGUGACUGAGGGAAGCAAGGUGAUGAAGGGGGACACAUCCGUCACUCCCUGGUACCAGCAUCCGCCCCACUAAAUUAUAGCAGAGUAAGAUAAUAGCUGUGUCUCAGUUCAGAGGCUGGAUCCUCUAAAUUCUGUUAUUAGACAGAAUCAGUCAUUAUUGAGGCCCAAUUCUUUUGGAAAUCUCCUUCAAAUGUUCAAUUCUUUAAUCAAGCAUCCAGGCAAUCCUUGUCAACCUGGAAAUAUCACCUAACCAUGUGUGGUUCAGGUGGUCACCAAUCAUUGGUAAAAUGUUACCCACCUAGACAUGUUAAUAAGGUUAGUAUUUACCAUUAACCUAGUCAUACUGUAAAUUUGGUGAUUCUUAACAUGGGCCAGUUUGGUGUUUUGAAAGUAUAAGAUCAACAUCCUGGUCGUGAACCUUGAAAUAGUUUUACAAGUUAGCAAGGAACACUUCAUUGUGAAGCAAAACUGUCAUUUGGAAGGUAAGUGGACCACAAGACAAAAGCUUAAGGAUCCACUUUUUGAGCCACAUCCGUGGGAGGAUCCAGCCUCUGAAUUGGUGAUUGAAACCCCGCCAGUCACCAGGACUUCCAGUUGUAAAGAGGCAAAAGUAAUCUUUGUUUUAGUUGUUUUUUCGGCUCUAUCUGCUGCAGCUAACCUCAACCUAAAGCCAUUCGUUUUGCCUUCAGGACAGCUCUGCCUCUUGAGAACUAAUCCUACAAAUUAAUCUCCUCAGCCCCUUGAUGCUCAUUUUUAAAGCUGACCCUGUGCUUUUGACGUCCAUGACAAUCACAAUUAAACAAACCACAUCAACACAGACCUAAAAGUUAGGCACAGGUAAGAGCUAAUCUGGCAUCAAGGUGAGAGCGUAGUUGCACAAGACUCUUCUUCAGGGCGUACAUUGUUGUUACAUAUCGACUUUCCUUCACAUUUAAGGAUUUACAUAUCACCAUCACAGCUAUCACUCCGAUCAACUUGACCACCACUAUCAGUCAGACCAAACCAGAGGGGAGCAGAAACCAGCAACCAGCCAGCCUGACCAGCAGAACCUCAGCUCUAAAGAGGGACUGAUUCAUUAUCGUUAGCUGCCAUAUUGCAAACAGUUCGACUUCCGUUUCAUUCCAUUUGCAAACAAUUUAUACUACUUGUGCAGCCCCUUUCACAAAGAAAACAUGUUCAGCAGGUAAAAGUCCCACAAUUAUACAUGACUGAUUAUCCCCAACUUCAAGUUACAUUAUUUCUUUUAGGCACUUUCAGGCUGUCAGUCUCGCUAUAUCAACAGUUACAUUUUUGUUCCGUGUUCUCCUAAUUUGUGGUAUUUUUGUUUGACUCUUGAUUUUUAAGGUCAGAUGCUCUGCUUGUGGGGAAACCCUCAGAGAAAGACAAGAGGGUUUUGUUUGUUUUUAAGUCUCUUGGCGGUUUUCCUUUGACUGAACAUUUUGCAGCUACGUAAACUUAUCUGAGACCAAAUGGGUACUAUUAUAUUGCAUUGUGUUGUAAAGUUUUAUAAAUGUUGGAAUUCCCUAUUAUAAUUAAACUUUUAUAUGUUUUUAUGUAAAAAAAAAAAAAAAGAACAAAAAAAACCAUUUUUUAGUUUGUACCAUUUCUUAAAGCAAUACAUUUUUUGUCUUGUGGAGAAUUUUACUUUUCAUUUGGUCAAGUGUUACUGCAGCAGCAUUCAAAUGAUAUCUUGUGUUCUCAAUCUGUGCAUGUUCCAACUUAAAUGUAACAAAAAUAAGAUUUUGAUUAAAAAAAAAAAAAGGAUUAAUGUACUGUUCUGCUUGCAGCUUCAAACUCAGCUUCCAACAAUGUGGACAAAGUGUAGGCUGAGCCUCUGUACAGCAAAACUGUUUUCCUCCAGCAGAGAGAGCUCUUGUGCUAGAAAUAGCUUAUUAUUUUGAGGACGUCAGUGGCAACACCUUGAAGAUGUCGUUUGUAUUUUUUACGCCUCAAAACGCCUGAUGUAUUCCUUGUUUUUGUUUGAUGUAUUAAAGUGUUUCCAAUAUCUUGU